AUGAGCAAAGUUUGGCAGGAAACUGUCCUAAACAGUAGCUCUGCUCCUCUUUUUGUAGUAAUUGAUGAAGAUUUCAUAAGACAAAAAUCCAAUGAAGAACAUAUCCGAGCCCAAUUUCCCGAUAUCGAUAACUUAAUAGAAAAUAUAAUUCAUUGCAAAGAGAUAAAUGAUAAUACCCCAAAAAUGAAAAACAAAACAAAACAAUUAUUUAGAAUAUUGCAUCACGAUUACUUGGAAACCGAAAAAGGAAUGGAUAAGCUGAUAGAAAAAUACAAUACCAUUAUAUUACCUAGAUGCCCACGCGUUUACUGCAAUGGAGCUAGGUGCUUCCCUGUAGGCGUGGAAAGAGAUGGGGCAAUCUUUCCGAAAAUGAUUUGCCCAGCAUGUCGCGAAGUUUAUAAUUUACCUCCACCAUUUGAUGUUUUACAGAAUGGUGAGUCAUUUGGUGAUAGAUAUAUUGAGAAAUUCUUUGAAAAAUACAAAGAUAAAUUACCAGAACGAGUAGAAGAGAAGCCAUAUGAGCCUCGGAUUUUCGGAUUUAAGGUAAAGCAGCAUAAGGAACCAUUGGAACCAGAAAAAUUAGAGAAAUAA